ACAAUCAAAAUAUUUACCAAUUGCCUUAAAAUUGAUAUAGAGUAUAAAACGUUGGGUAUACAAUGGGACACCACAAGUAAAGAGGUUAUAACACAGUUAUUGAGAAGAUUAAAAAUGCGUCAUCGUGAUCCACGUUUAUUUUAUCUAACAAUGGAAGUUUUGGUACGUCGCGCGAAUGUAAAAAACACACUGGUAUUAGACGAAGAUACUAGGCCAGCCAUACUACAAGCUUGUCAUCCAAAGGGCGAAUCUAGAUUUUGUUUACAACUAAAACCAGGAGGACUAAUACGUGUACAUACAUCAGCCUUGCAACCAACAUCGCAAUAUAAAUCACUGGUCAUUUCGGAAGAGACUACGUCUGAUGAACUAUUGCAAUUACUAUUGUCAUGCUAUAAUUCUAUGGAACCUGUUGAACAGUUUUCCAUAUAUGAG